AUGAUCAUGGCCUCCCAGUCGAUGCAUCACGGCGUCGAGCAUAGAUGUGCUUCCAUCCACAUCCUCGGUCCGCGACACUCAGGCCUCGAAGAAAUAUGCGACGACCUGCUUGAUUCAGACAAAAUCGAGCAUCUGACACGCACGUACAUCAAGGAUACCUGCCAGCAUUUCCAGACAUCAGACAGUAAAGAAAAGUUUGAUGACAUCUCUUCUGGCAACCCGGUGUACAUUAGCGCUAUGGAGAGAUGGGCGACUAAAUAUGGGGAGCUCAAGACGGAUGACCAGAGGAAUAACACUGGUGAGAAACAAACCAUUGGAUCUUUUCUCAAAAGCGUUACAUCGAAGGUAAACAGCAUCUUGAAGAAGCUGCUGCAGUCAGAACAAGCUCGGAUACAAAAGGCGAGAGGAAAAGCUUGGGCGACAUAUCUUGAAGAACGGAAGACGGCUGAGAGGACUUUUGCGGAGAUGGGGACGCAGCUAGAUACGCUAUCAUUGGAAGUUGAUGGAAAUGAUGCGGUCGCGGCCGUUGAGAAGAUCUGCGACAAAUGGAAGACGAUGCAGAAUGAGUAUGGGGAUGCUUGA